AUGGAGACUAGUAUUGAUGAUGAGAGAAGAUUCAGAAACAGCAAGAUUGAAAGUUCGUCGCGAAGGAAGAGCAGUGAUGUGGAGUAUCUGUUUCCUAAUUCUGUUAAUAGAGAGGACAAUGAUGAAGAAGAGGCUUUGAAAUGGGCUGCAAUUCAGAGACUUCCAACUGUUGCGCGUUUAAGGACAGGUUUGUUGAUGAACUCUGAAGGAGAAGCUAGUGAAAUUGAUAUACACCAUCUUAAGCAGGAAGAAAAAAAGUUUUUGCUAGAAAGACUAGUGAGAAUUGCUGAUAUUGAUAAUGAGAAGUUCUUAUUAAAGCUCAGGGAUCGUGUUCAUAGAGUUGGAAUUAAUUUUCCUACAAUCGAAGUCCGAUUUGAGCACUUGAAGAUCGAAGCAGAAGUUCAAGUAGGAAAGAGAGCUUUGCCUACUCUCAUUAAUUACACUCUUGAUCUGAUAGAGGCUCCUUUUAACUAUAUACUAAGAAAAAGAAGACAACAUCUCGACAUUCUCCAGAAUGUUAGUGGAAUAAUAAAGCCUGGCAGGAUGACAUUGCUUUUGGGCCCCCCAAGUUCUGGAAAAACGACACUCCUUUUGGCCUUGGCUGGAAAACUUGAUCCCAAUCUAAAGAUCAGUGGAAAGGUGACUUAUAAUGGUCAUGAGAUGAAUGAGUUUGUACCUCAAAGAACUGCUGCUUAUGUCAGUCAAAACGAUCUUCACAUUGGAGAGUUGACAGUUAGAGAAACUUUAGCCUUCUCAGCAAGAUUCCAAGGUGUAGGGCCUAGAAUAGAUAUGCUAGAAGAAGUAUCUAGAAGAGAAGUUGAGAGAAACAUAUUCCCUGAUCCAGAUAUCGAUAUCUAUAUGAAGGCUGUCGCAACUGGCGGGAAAGAAAAUCUUGCAGUUGAUUAUACUUUAAAGCUUUUGGGACUAGAGAACUGUGCAGAUACAGUGGUGGGAGGUGCAAUGUUAAGAGGCGUCUCUGGAGGACAAAGGAAGCGGGUUACGACAGGGGAGAUGCUAGUAGGAACAGCUAAGGCUCUUUUCAUGGAUGAAAUAUCAACUGGUUUGGAUAGCUCAACAACUUAUCAAGUUGUGAAAUCAGUGAAGCAGUCGGUCCAACUUCUCAAGGGAACCGCUGUGAUCUCACUGUUGCAGCCACCACCAGAGACUUAUGAUCUUUUUGACGACAUUAUUCUACUCUCUGAGGGACACAUUGUGUACCAGGGUCCUUGUGAACAUGUGCUAGAAUUUUUUGGUUCAUUAGGUUUUAAGUGUCCUGAGAGAAAAUCUGUGGCAGACUUUUUACAAGAAGUGACAUCAAUGAAAGAUCAGGAGCAAUAUUGGGUAGAAAGAAGGAAGCCUUAUAAAUUUGUGACACCUAAGGAUUUUGCUGAGAUAUUUGAGUCAUUUCAUGUUGGGAGAACUCUUGGUAAUGAACUUGUUACUCCAUUUGACAAGUCUAAAAGCCACCCAGCUGCUUUGACUACCAACACAUAUGGAAUUGGAAAGUGGGAAUUAUUCAAAGCUUGCAUAGCAAGAGAAUAUUUACUUAUGAAGCGCAAUGCAUUUUACUAUAAAUUCAAACUUUGCCAAAUUUCUGUAAUGGCUAUUGUUACCAUGACUGUUUUUCUCCGAACUGGAAUGCACCGCAAUUCAGUGAUUGAUGGGGGCAUUUAUGCCGGUGCAUUGUUCUUCGGAAAUUUGGUGGUCAUGUUUAAUGGAUUUGCUGAUCUUGCGACGACGAUUGCGAGGCUUCCAGUGUUCUACAAGCAAAGGGACCUUCUCUUCUACCCUUCUUGGGCAUAUGCUCUUCCUACAUGGAUCCUGAAAAUCCCGUUAACAUUUGCUGAAGCAGCUGCUUGGACAUUUCUUACCUAUUACGUCAUCGGUUACAGUCCUGAAUUUGCAAGAUUAAUUAAGCAAUACUUUCUUCUCAUACUUAUCAACCAAAUGGGCACUUCACUAUUCCGAUUACUAGGAGCAAUUGGUAGAGAAAUGGCUGUGGCUACAACACUUGGGUCAUUUCUAUUGACCUUCCUCAUUGCCAUGGGUGGUUUUGCCGUCUCGAGAGAUAGUAUAAAAAUAGGGUGGUUAUGGGGCUACUGGAUAUCACCUAUAAUGUACGCAACGAAUGGCUUAAUGAAUAACGAGUUCCUAGGGAAGGCUUGGGGAAAAGUUCUUCCUAACUCAACUGAACCUCUAGGAGUUCAAGUUUUGAAAUCUAAAGGGUUCUUUACAGAAUGGUACUGGUAUUGGAUAUCUUUUGGGGCAAUGAUUGGAUACACGUUAUUGUUCCACUUUUGUUACACUCUUGCUCUAUCUUACUUCAAUCCAAUUGAGAAGCGUCAGGCUGUGAAAUCAGAGCAAUCUCAAAGCAAUAGGGAGAAUAGUGGAAGAAAAAGAGGAAUGGUUCUUCCUUUCGAACCACAUUCUAUAACCUUUGAUGAAGUCUCAUACUCUGUAGACAUGCCUCAGGAAAUGAGGAGUCACGGUGUCACCGAAGAUAGGUUGGUUCUUUUGAACCGUGUCAGCGGAGCUUUUAGGCCAGGUGUUCUCACUGCACUUAUGGGUGUCACUGGUGCUGGAAAAACAACUUUGAUGGAUGUACUUGCUGGUAGAAAAAGCGGGGGAUAUAUUACUGGGAACAUCACAGUUUCUGGGUAUCCCAAAAAGCAAGAUACAUUUGCAAGAAUUUCGGGAUACUGUGAGCAAAAUGAUAUACACUCUCCUCAUAUUACUGUCUAUGAAUCCUUGCUCUAUUCAGCAUGGCUUCGAUUGCCUGCGGAAAUCAAUACAGAAACUAGGAAGAUGUUCGUUGAGGAAGUCAUGGAGCUAGUUGAGCUGAACUCAAUAAGGGAUGCAUAUGUUGGUCUCCCCGGUGUUACCGGUCUCUCAACUGAGCAGCGAAAAAGGUUGACUAUUGCAGUUGAGUUGGUUGCUAAUCCUUCGAUCAUAUUCAUGGAUGAGCCAACUUCUGGGCUAGAUGCAAGAGCUGCAGCUAUUGUUAUGAGAGCAGUUAGGAACAUAGUAGAUACCGGAAGAACAAUUGUCUGUACCAUUCACCAGCCCAACAUUGAUAUCUUUGAAUCUUUUGACGAGCUUUUCCUAAUGAGGCGGGGAGGACAAGAGAUAUAUGUGGGGCCACUUGGACGUCAUUCUUCACAAUUAAUUAACUACUUUGAGGAAAUUCAAGGUGUCACUAGGAUUAAAGAUGGCUACAAUCCAGCAACUUGGAUGUUGGAAGUCUCGAGUGCGGCAAAAGAAAUGGAAACGGGGAUUAAUUUUGCCAAGGUGUACAAGACUUCAGCAUUAUACAGGAGAAACAAAGCUCUUAUUGAAGAAUUGAGCACUCCAUCUCCCGGUUCAAAGGACCUUGAUUUUUCUUCAAAGUACUCGAGGUCCUUUUUCGUUCAAUGUAUGGCUUGUUUAUGGAAACAACAUUGGUCUUACUGGCGCAAUCCGUAUUACAAUUUCAUGAGAUUUAUCUUCACAAUCGCUGUUGCCUUGUUGCUUGGGGGCGUGUACUGGAAAGUUGCUGCUAAAAUUGAAACCCAACAAGAUUUCUUUAAUUCCAUGGGAUUUCUGUUUACUGCUACUAUUACAAUUGGUAUCAAGAAUUCUGGUUCAGUGCAACCCGUGAUAACAGUAGAGCGGGUAGUCUUUUACAGGGAAAGGGCUGCAGGAAUGUAUUCGGAGUUGGCAUAUGCUGUUUCUCAGGCUCUAAUUGAAGUCCCUUAUAACUUUUUGCAAGCUGUGAUUUAUGCGAUUAUAGUUUUUUCACUGCUUGGUUAUGAGUGGACCGCCGCUAAGUUCUUUUGGUACAUAUUUUUCACGUUCUUCACUUUCCUUUACUAUACCUACUAUGGCAUGAUGGCAACAGCCAUAACCCCAAACCAAGCUAUGGCUGCUUUGUUCAGCAGUGCAUCCAAUUCAAUGUUCAAUCUCUUCUCGGGAUUCUUAGUACCACAAACAAGGAUCCCUGUAUGGUGGGGUUGGUUCUAUUGGAUAAAUCCAGCAGCUUGGACUCUGAAUGGGCUGGUGACUUCACAGUUUGGUGAUAUGAAGGAUAAUUUGGAUUUUGAUGGAAAAAUUGUUCCCAUUCAAGACUUUUUGCGGAGUUACUUUGGUUACAAGACCGAUUUUUUGGGAGUUGUCGCAGCUGUAGUUGUUGGAUUUACCUUUUUUUUUGUAUUGGUCUUUGCCAUAUCCAUCAAGACAAUAAAUUUUCAACGACGCUGA